AUGUUUUGGUUGUCCUCAUAUUUACAACACUGGGGGUGUUGCUGGCUCCUCUGGUGCCGAGUAGUCUAUGUCUAUUGUGGCCUCUUGAUUUUUUGGCGGUUCUUCAUGGGCGUGGGACUCGGGGGUGACUAUUCCUUGUCUGCUGUGAUAUGCUCCGAGUUCGCGCCCACCCGAAUUCGAGGCUGGAUGCCGGCGGCCGUCUUCUGCUGCCAGUCCCUCGGCUCCCUAGCGGCCAACAUGGUCGCCCUCAUAGCCGUUGCCGGCUUCCAUCAUCGGCUUCUGGAGGACGACUCUGGUGCUGGCUGCACGGGGCGCUGUGUGCAAGAUGUCGACCGCAUCUGGCGCCUGAUCGUUGGUCUCGGUGCGGUGCCAGAAUUCAUCGCCUUGUGGUUCCGACUGACAACCAUUGGGUCUCCACGAUACACGGCCGAAGUCACUCAAAACAGCUUGCAAGCGGCUGCAGACGUCUCCUACUUCUUCCGGCCAGAUGAGGCCAUCCCUGCGCCGGAGAUGGGCCAGAUCACCGCCACAAUAGUUAUCUCACCUGCAACCACAGAGCCAGUCUUGUAUCCCUCGAGCGUCAACUCUACUCGGUCUUCUGUCUCAGAGGUCACCCCCACCGUCGACCUCUUUUCUAUUCAACCUAAACCAUUUCGAGUUCUGAUGGCAACGUGCUUGGGCUGGUUUUUCUUGGAUCUUCCUCUCUACGGGCCCGGGCUGAUAAGCCCGCAUAGCAUGGUCGUCGUGUCCUCUGGCGCGGUGGUGGGAAACCUCAUAGCUAUCUUCACCAUCGACCGGCUCGGACGGCGCAACAUCCAGCUCAACGGGUUCUUCUGGCUUUAUAUCUUAAAUAUCGUUGUUGGAACUUCCUUCUGUCACCCUGAACAGAGGACAGAUUCUUCGGCCCUUGUAGUAUAUAUAUCCCUGUGUCAGAUCUUCAACUUUGGACCAAACACCACGACUUACAUUCUCCCUGCAGAACUCUUUGCAACGCGCCUUCGCUGCACAUGCCACGGUCUAGCUGCGGCCGCGGGAAAACUUGGUUCAGUAAUCGCCCAUAUAUUUAUAUCCUUCGUCGACUACGGAUCGGCUCAUACCAUAAAGAUGAUUCUAGGAACUUGCUGGGGUUUUCUCUUCUUUGGUAAGUUUGCCGAUCCUAUCGGCCUUCAUGUUGUUCGGCCUCGUCGCCACCUAUUUCUUCGUCCUGAUGUUCGGGACUCUGAUGGAAAAAUUAAGUCGCUUGAGAAGUUGGCUGAUGAUUUAAUGUCGGACUCAGGACCUUUGCCUGAGACUCGUGGGGCAGGGGGUCUUUUUUUCUUCGAAAAUGUAUGA